CAGAGUAACCCGGCGUUGGUGUUGGUGGUGUAUCCUUCCUGUCGCAACCAUACCUGUUUCCUUGUGCUGAGAUCCUGAGGUGAUGAUCAUCAAAUCUGGCUGCCUUAGAUGCUCUCCAACAUCAUCAAACAGAAUCAUGGUGAAAGAUUCGUUUUCAUUGCAGAGUGGUAUGAUCCAAAUGCUUCACUAUUUCGACGUUAUGAGCUUCUAUUUUACCCAGGGGAUGGAUCUGUUGAAAUGCAUGAUGUAAAGAAUCAUCGCACCUUUUUAAAGCGGACCAAAUAUGAAGACCUUCACUUGGAAGAUUUAUUUAUAGGCAACAAAGUGAAUGUCUUUUCUCGACAACUGGUGCUACUUGACUAUGGGGAUCAAUAUACAGCUCGGCAACUGGGCAGUAGGAAAGAAAAAACAUUAGCCCUGAUUAAACCAGAUGCAGUAUCAAAAGCAGGAGAAAUCAUUGAAAUAAUAAGCAAAGCUGGAUUUACUCUAACCAAACUCAAAAUGAUGACACUUUCAAGGAAAGAAGCAACAGAUUUUCAUAUAGAUCAUCAGUCAAGGCCCUUUUUAAAUGAGCUGAUCCAGUUUAUCACCAGUGGUCCUGUAAUUGCCAUGGAGAUUUUAAGAGACGAUGCUAUAUGUGAAUGGAAAAGACUUCUUGGACCUGCAAACUCUGGACUGGCGCGUACAGAUGCUCCUGGAAGCAUUAGAGCCCUCUUUGGAACAGAUGGCAUAAGAAAUGCAGCUCAUGGCCCUGAUUCUUUCGCUUGUGCUGCCAGAGAAAUGGAGUUAUUUUUUCCUUCGAGUGGAGUUUGUGGGCCAGCAAACACUGCUAAAGUUACCGAUUGUACUACUUGUUGCAUUGUUAAGCCCCAUGCCAUCAGCGAAGGACUGCUGGGGAAGAUUCUGAUGGCUAUCCGAGAUGCAGGUUUUGAAAUUUCAGCUAUGCAGAUGUUCAACAUGGAUCGAGUUAAUGUUGAAGAGUUUUAUGAAAUUUAUAAAGGAGUCGUGUCUGAGUAUAACGAAAUGGUGACAGAAAUGUAUUCUGGCCCUUGUGUAGCAAUGGAGAUUCAACAGACUAAUCCUACAGUGACAUUUCGAGAAUUCUGUGGACCUGCUGAUCCUGAAAUUGCCCGGCAUUUACGCCCUGGAACCCUCCGAGCAAUCUUUGGUAAAACUAAGAUCCAGAAUGCUGUUCACUGUACUGAUCUGCCAGAGGAUGGCCCAUUAGAGGUUCAGUAUUUCUUCAAGAUCUUGGAUAACUAGCAGUGUAGAAAGUAAAGAAGUCACAGGUUGCGGUGUUUAGACACGAGUGCAUCACACACACGAGGGAUGUGUUCAUUCUUUUAUUGUCCAUUGUUUUAACCCGACU